UCAGUCCUCACCUCACGAUACAGAGAGCGCGUGUAGUGCACUUCCCAAUAAUCACUUAACGGGACCGUCACCACCACGUGACGGUAGAUUCCACACAAACCUUACGGAACUCAAAUCUCCGUCAAAAAGCUCCCUCCCUUGUUCCUUCUCUUCCAAACGCCGCCGCUAACGUCACCGUUCCCUCAAACCCUAACGUCCCUCCCUGAAUGGCCUCUUGCGACGACGACGACGACGACUUCUCUCUCCUCCACCAACCCUACGCGCCACCGUCCCACCACCACAACUACUCAACCGCCGUCGCCGCCGCCACAACCGCCGUACAACCUAAACCUGUCUCCGACACCGACGCCGAGGAUUACAGCAAUCCCUUCGACGAAGACAACACCACCACCCACGCCAACGCCAACACCACCGAGAAGAGAAAAGAUCAAGACGAGAUCGGCAACAACAAUAACAGCAACGAUGCAUCGUACGGUUUCAACAAACGAUCUAAGCUUUCGGCAAGCGCUUCUGGAUCGGCGUCCGCCUGCUCCGGCGCCGAGUACCGGAAAGACAGGGAGGAGUGGAGCGACACGGCGAUCGUGUGUUUGCUAGAUGCGUACACGGAGAAGUUCACCCAGCUGAAUCGGGGGAAUCUGAGGGGGAGGGACUGGGAGGAGGUGGCGGCAGUGGUUUCGGAGCGAUGCGAGAACCAGUCGAAGAGCGUGGAGCAGUGCAAGAACAAAGUCGACAAUCUGAAGAAGAGGUACAAACUCGAGAGGCACAGGAUCAGCAGCGGAUGCAUCACCGCAAGCCACUGGCCUUGGUUCAAGCACAUGGAGAAUAUCGUCGGGAACUCGCUUUCUGCAGGGAAGUUCCCCGGCGGCGACGAGGACAAGGCCAUCGUCGCCUCCACUGCGGGGAACUCCCCUCGGCAACCGAAGAGAUAUGGAGGGGCAUCACAAAGCAGUGGAGGACAAGUGAAUAACAUGAAGUCCAAAGCAUUGUCGAACCUUAGAUGGCGAAGGGUAAUCCUGAAAAUUAGUGGUGCUGCCCUUACUGGAUCUGAUACCUGCAAUAUUGACCCAAAGGUAGCUAUGUUAAUCUCAAGAGAAGUUGCAAUAGCCUCCCGCCUUGGUGUUGAGGUCGCCAUUGUUGUUGGAGGUCGGAAUUUCUUCUGUGGGGAUGCAUGGGUAGCUGCAACAGGAUUAGAAAGAUGUACUGCAUACCAAGUUGGCAUGAUGGCAACUAUGAUGAAUUCAAUAUUGCUCCAAUCAACUCUAGAGAAGAUGGGUGUUCAGACUCGUGAGCCAUCAGACAUCUUGAGAAAGGAAGAGUGGUUAUAUUUGGUGGAAUUGGCUUUGGCACUGGAAAUCCACUAUUCUCAACUGACAUAGCUGCAGCUCUUAGAGCUUCAGAGCUAAAUGCUGAAGCUGUUCUCAAGGGUACCAAUGUAGAUGGUGUAUAUGACUGCAACUCCAGAGACAACAAUUUCACUUUUGAGCACAUAUCCUUCAGGGAGCUGGUAUCAAGAGGAGUCACUCCUAUGGACAUGACAGCACUGACAUUCUGCGAGGAAAAUGGUAUUCCUGUUGUGGUUUUCAAUAUAUUGGAGCCUGGGAACAUAUCAAAGGCUUUGUGUGGAGAACAAGUUGGAACACUAGUUGACCAAACUGGAGCAAUAAGCUAACAUUUAAUUCAACCGAAUUCAGUUAUAUUAGUUAGCAAGCUGGAGCCGUUAAGUUGAGCAUUGUGAUGGAUGCCUCGAGAAGAAAAUAUAAAAAACGACCCAACAGUUUCAGAGUGCAUGGUGCAAUCAAUGGAAACUGUGUUUUGGAGCUGAAAUCUCAAGUUCCCUAUCCCUAGGAUUUGAGAUGGUGUUGUAUUUAAGUAUGUAUUUCUGUAGG